CGUCCAAGUGACGAGUUCACGUACUAAUUUUACGUAAUACUGGAGCUCCGCUUUCCUGGCGGAGAAGAUGGCGGCUCCUGGACCGGGGGAGUAUUUUAGCGUCGGCAGCCAUAUCUCUUGUCUUACCUGCUUGGGCCAGCGUCUGCAGGGAGAAGUGGUGGCCUUCGACUACCAGUCCAAGAUGUUGACUUUGAAAUGUGAUCCCUCCAGCAGAAAGCCAAAUCUCCACGACGUCAUCCUGAUCAAUUUAGACUAUGUUUCUGAAGUGGAUAUAAUAAAUGAUCGCACUGAAACGCCUCCUCUAGCAUCACUGAAUGUUAGCAAGCUUGCCAAUCGAGCACGGUCAGAGAAGGAGGACAAGCUAUCCCAAGCAUAUGCAAUCAGUGCUGGGGUUUCUGUGGAGGGCCAGCAUCUAUUCCAGACUAUUCACAAAACCAUCAAAGACUGUAAAUGGCAGGAGAAGAACAUAAUGGUGAUGGAUGACGUUGUGAUCUCACCGCCAUACCAGGCUGACAACUGCAAAGGCAAAGAGGGAAGUGCUUUAAGUCAUGUACGCAAAAUAGUUGAGAAACAUUUUAGAGACUUGGAAAGUCAGAAGCAACGUUCACAAGCACAGCAAACACAGAACUCCACUUUAUCAUCUUGAGUCAGCGCAGUGUGGGUCGGGCCAGCCAGGGAAUGCCACACUGUGGCGGGCUGGUGGACGGCACGGCGGGCAGUCUGUCUCGACUGCAGGACAAGGUUGGCAUUCCUAGCCCUCCUUGUCAGAGACCAGGAAGUUCCAGCGCUGAAGAGCACUGGGUCCAGAAGAUCAAAAAAAGAGGAAAAGACUUCAUCUUAAAUUAGACUUUAUAAAGAUAAUUUAAAACAUCAGCCAUGAAGCAACCAUAUAGUUAAAGGAAACUAACUUCAUCUCACUCAUCCCUCCCAUCAAUCCAUCAUUGUCCUCUUCUCCCCAAUGGCUUUUCUCCUUUUCCAUAAAUUUCAUUUAUUCAAAAAGAGAAAAAUAGACCAGUCAAAAGCUUGUUACCUUUAUUUUCUGUCAGUUUCCUUUUUGUUGCUAUAUCCAUGUUCUGCAAGUGUCUGUUUUUCUGUAUUUUAAACAAAACGUGACUUGAAAUGCCACACUUUAAAAGACAUUUUCUAAAAUAAAAGUAACAAAUUCUGACUAAUACAGUAAUUUCAAUAGCUUUUUGCGAGGCAAAGAACACAAACCUUUUGAAAGAGUCAAGAUGGCAAAUUGAUUUCCUGUUAGGUAUUUGUACAAUGAAUUGUGUUAUAUGGAACAUUGUCUCUGUAAAAGAAUGGUCAGUCAAUAGUGCAGUAGGCCUCAUUAAACAACUGUCCACUGCACUCAUGUUUCUGUUCACAUGAAGUGAAACCGAAUGUGAGCUCUCGUGAGAUCAGUCUGGUUUUACAAGGCUCCAGUAGGCUACCUUUUAAUCAUGACUGUAUUCAAUGUGCAUGGUCAAACUUGGCACGCCACCCUUUAUACACCUGACCAUUUACAUGCUGUCCCGUUAACUAAAACAUUAUACUGGUAUUGGUGCCAUUUAAAGUACAGAUAUGUAUCAUGUAAGUUGUUCAAUCGGUCCCAUUUUCUAGAAUUUGACUACACAUCCAUUGUUAUUUUCUCAUUAGAAAUUGAUUUUAUUACAGAGAACUGACCUCACAGAAUCCAGCCCUUCAUUACCUGGACAUUCAAUGAAUUCAAAUGCGAAACGGAUUCUUAUUUCUCCAAUGCUGGCCCCUGCUGUGCUUGCUGCUUCAAAGAACUCCGGACAGAGGAUACAGAACAAGAUGGGUGAAGGGAGGCUAAGUUGUCAUUCCAAUGGACUGUAAAUUACAGGUCAUUUGUGUCAGUGAUGUUACCUGUCAAAGUAGGAAGUGAGAAUCUGCAGGUAAUGUCAAUACGUUCCACUGGGUACCUGCUGGUCUGAUCAUGGAGUAGACUAAUUCAUGGACUGCUGGAGACCUGAUUGGACAGGGGCCGUGCUUCCCAACUCCAGACCUCCAGACCCCCCCCCCCCCCCCCCCAGCACACAUUUUUAUUGUAACCCAAGAGAAACUCACCUGAUUCAAGUCACUGAGGGCUCUAUGGUUAGUUGACUCAGGUGUGGGAACACUGGACUAGGGUGUGUAUUUUUUUUUGUUGAUUGAACCUUUAUUUAUCCUGGAAGUCCCAUUAUGGUCAGAAGACCUCUUUUUCUAUUGCAUAUUUAGAUUGACUGCGUACUAGAUAAUGAAGCUGUAUAAGUCAGAGGAAUAUGGUGGGAGGGGCCCAUUGUAAUGAAUGGAAUGGUAUCAAACAUGUUGGGCUCUGUUACAUUGAUUCCAUUCCAGCCAUUACAGUGGGCCUGUCCUAUAGCCCCUCUCACCAGAUUCCUCCGAUAAGUCUUUGUGUUGCUGAAUGACAUCUCAUCAAACAAAAUGUUCAAGAUGGUUUUAUAUUGUGGCAAACACAAAUCCCUAUUAUGGGAGUCCACCCAAAAUGGACCAUCAUACUUGAUCUAUUUAAUUGCUAACUUUCAACAUUCACCAACAGCAUCAACUAUGAACUGCAUCACAUGACCAUAUGUCCCCAUAACAGCUACAUUGUUUUAAAAAAUAAAAACAAACAGACCAACAAAGUCUAAGGGGAUCCAAUUUGGGAAUUGGAUGACGAUAACCAUAUGCAAACAGUGACCGUCUGGUACAACGGUGGUAGGUCUGAUUACCAACAAUGAGACGGCCUACAGGGAGGAGGUGAGAGCACUGGUGGAGUGGUGCCAGGUAAAUAACGUCAACAUAAAGGAACUGAUCGUGAAUGACAGGAGACAGCAGAGAGUACGCCCCCAUCCACAUCAACGGGGCUGCAGGGGAGAGGGUCAAAAACAUCACUGACAACCUGAAAUAGUCCCUUCACAAAGAGCGUGGUGAAGGCACAACAGUGCCUAUUCAACCUUGGAAGGCUGAAAUAAUUUGUCUUGGCCCCCCAAGACCCUCACAAACUUCUACAGAUGCACCAUUGAGAGCUGUAUCACCGGAGGGUGGUGCAGUCAGCCCAACGUGUCACUGCCUAAACUCCAGGACAUCUACAGUACCCAGUGUCACAGAAAGGUCAAGAAGAUCAUCGUCGAGGACCCCAGUCACGCGUGCCACGGCCUGUACACCUCGCUACCAUCAAGAAAGCAGAGACCGUACAGGUAUAUCAAAGCUGGGACCGAGAGCCUUAGAAAUCACUUCUAUCUCCAGGCCAUCAGACUGUUAAGUCACCACCAGCCUUAGUCACUGUUCUAGCCAGCUACCACCUGGUACUCUACCCUGCUGCUCUAUGUAAAUAGUCAUUGAACACUGGUCACUUUAAUAAUGUUUACAUAAUGUUUUACCCACUUUAUAUGUACACUGUACAAAAUAUGCUCUUUCCAUGACAGACUGACCGGGUGAAUGCUAUGAUCACUUAUUGAUGUCACUUGUUAAGUCUACUUCUAUCAGUCUAGAUAAAAGGGAAGAGAUGGGUUAAAUAAGGAUUUUUAAGCCUUAAGACAAUUGAGACAUGGAUUGUGUGCCAUUGAGGCUGUUGUGGUAUAUACUGUUUCUAGUAAUGGCGCAACCUAUAUAAAUACUGUUGUACACACCUUUUCCGUUCAUAUACUGUCUAUACACCAAUAUAUGUGUAUAUAUUCCUGUCUCUGACCUUGCUCGUUCAUAUAUUUCCUAAUUUCUUUAUGGAUUAUGUGUGUAUAGUUUAUUUUUAUUGCCAGGUAUUACUGCACUGUUGGAGCUAGAAACAAGCAUUUUACCUCAUCUGCGUACGCUAUCAAUAAACUUAGAUUUUAUACA